CCCGACUGUUAUGAAUCUCUGUUUGAACCGGCAACGACGGGUACGGGCAAUGAGACGCUGGUUGCUGGGCAGGCCAAAGACCUUGCCCCAUACGACCAGGCUCACGCUCUAUACACGCAGCGUGGAUCAUCUAGCUUGUUGAAGUCAAAAACGACUGCCGCAAAUCCGACAUCUCAUCCACCGCCAGAUGAGCUAAAGGGUAACCAGGUGUGGGACUUGAGACUCGACAGGCGGCGCUUCAAGUGCGCGGGGCCGCAUGAAACCAUUCCGGCACUCCAGCAUCCAUGUCCACCUUGGAAGGUUUGCAGUCCACCUGCCAUCAUACUGACCUUUAGGAUGAUGUCGUUGUGACUCAAUUCAAGCAGCACAAAAAUUGCUUGAUCGAAGUAUGGCCGACGAGCACAUGUCCCCGCGCUUGGGAGUAGCCGGAAGCAGCCCGAGACCUUCGGAACACCGCAUCGAAGGUUGGACUUUGCCGCCCCCGCCCUUGACGCAGAUUUACAGCAAAUGCGCUGCAUCUGCCUAUCCUUCUUCUCUACGCAGCGAUAGUGCUGAACAGCAUAGGCAGGACUCUAGUAUAUACGCUACGACGAAGCAUGGCAUGUCCCACAACUCUUCGCUCGAUGCCCACCCGCGCAGCGAGCGAGCAGUAGAGCUCGCAGCAGGUUCAUCGUCCUACACUUCUGCAUUCUCUCCGCCUUUUGAGCGCUCGGCCUCCGCUACAUGCUUUGUCGGUGAAGGAGGCAACACAUGCAAAACUACGCGCAGCGAUCAACCGCGGCCCUUGAAUGGCUCAUAUUCCUUCUCACCGUCUGCUCCUUUGCUUCCACCCACCCAGCAUUCGCUUCCGCAUCCCCAACGCUCGCCGUCCAUCUCCCGAUCCGAGUGCCACUACCGCGCAAGUUCGCCACCAGCAACAGCUCAUUCACGAACGCCACCAGCAUCGACAGCUGCAGCUUCGCCCACGCCGCCACCAACGAAUGCAACGACAACAACAACUACAACAACCACAAUCUAUGCGUACAAGCCCACCUCCCGGGUUUCGCGCGCCUGCACCGGAUGUCGCCGUCAGAAGAUGCGAUGCGAUGGAAUCAAGCCAUGCGCUCGAUGCGUGAAGAGCAAGCUUGAUUGCAUAUUCGAAAGACCGAAGGGCGGGACAAGCGGCACUGCCGGUAGUAGUAACGCUGCACUGGGCGAUUCAGGAUCGGGUAUUCUUUCAACACAGGCGAGGCAGGGGGAGGUGCAGACCGGUUUGGACGAUGCACGCUGUACGCGUUCAGUAUCUCAGGCCCCGCGAAGUGCAUCAAAGCGACGUCCUUCCGACUUGGUCCCAGCGUCGAUGAAUAAAGGAGCAAUGGCAGCGCAACAAAUGAACAGCGGCCAUACACUUGGCUCUCAUCGAAAUCAGUUUCUACCAGCAGCAACAGAGGAAGAAAAAGAAACGCACGCCGCGCUAAUCCGCAACUUGGCUGAUGUCUUCGCUUUGCGCGAUCGGAAGCGGAGCUCCCCUCAGGCAAAAGGAGAUGAGGAAAGCGCAGGUGCAGAGGGAGCAGUGGGAGAUACCGAGGCAGGCGUCGAUACAACUCUUGAUGCAGACGUCGUAGCGAGAGCAGCGUCCAGUCUCACUGCUUUAUUGCUCGCAUCCUCUUCCACGAGACCAUGCGAGCACUCUCAAGCACAAUCGCAACGGCUGGAUGAACUGGGAGAGGGCUUGAAGGAAUGUAGAACUCUACUUGAAGAGCUACGAGCAUCUCUUCACAAUCGACCUUCAGCGCCGCUGCUUCCACACUUCACUUCGACUGCUCAUAUCUCCCCUUUGGCCACUGCGGCUACUCCUUCCGCCAGUGCGGCUGCUCAUGAUGGUCACAAUUUCUCAACGAGCACUCAUCCAUUCAGCCCCUUGCGAGCGGAUAUGGAUAGGGACGCUCCCUCAAACCCAGCUGCAAGUCGAUCUGACGUAGUGAGCGCUGCAGAAGCGGAAGAUCUGGCCGAUGAGCAGCUCCAUGCACCCAUCUCGGCGCUGCGAGGCUUGGCUGAUGCUGCCGUCAUUGCUGCUAGCGCCAACGUGCCGGCCAACGGACAUGCAGGUACCCGCAGCGCUGCCCAUUCGCCUGCCAGCUCACGGGGAGCCUGGAGCGGCUUGGGCGGCAGCCGGCCAGGAGAGCAUAGCAAAGACGGGACCUACGACCCUGUCUCAUCGACUCCGGAGCCGGGAUCCAAGCGUCCCGCAGAGACAGAGGAUGACCAUGAACAUUCUCCCAUAUCCACUGAGGGCAACAAGCGAGCUCGACAUGCCGACGACUCGGACGACUCCGUUGCGGGCGAUGUAGUCGAAAUCGGCAUCAUCUCUGAAGCAGCAGCACGAUCAAUGUUUGCGCUUUUCGCGCUCGUCGUACCAACAUUCAUCACGAUCUUCGACUUCGAAACGCUCCUUUCUGAGCAGGCCAGCCGAGGCUGGUUCGACUCGGUGCGCUCCCGCAGCACGCUUCUCUUCAAUACGAUCGUCGCCAUCGGCUGCUUGAUCGAUCAUGGCCCACCACCUUUUAGCGCGCUGUACACACGCUGCCUAGCCGAAGCGCACAAGCAUGCGCGGCAAACGCUCUUUGCACAUGCCACUACCACGCUGCUUGCAGCGCCGGCUUUAGUGGCGAUGGCAUCGGCACAAGCCCAAGCGCAGUCACAGGUGCACGCUGCCAAGGAGCGAGUGCAGGCGCUGAUUCUGCUUGCAGCGUAUCACGACAAUGGAUGGCUGCUGAGUGGGCAUGCAACUCGUAUGGCGCAAGAGUAUGGAUUCGACAGGGCAUACACUAAGCUGCUGCUGUUGAGGGAACGAGGCGGUGCCAUCAAGGCUGAGCAGAUCGAACUUGCCCAUCAGGCUCGGAUCUGGUUCUUCCUCUUUCUCUCCGACCAUCAGAUCAGCUUCGGUGCCGGUCGUCCUCCAAUGCUCUCCUACCAUUACGUCUCGAAUUGCCGCGGUUUCUUGCUCUUGCCUUCCCCGCUGUCCAUCCGGAUUGACGCCCGCCUGAUCUCCACCCUCGAGCUACUCGUGAUUCGCGAGCAGCACCAUGACGUGCUGGCACCGUAUGACGCGCCCAUUAAUGAACAUAUGGCCGCCAGCAUGUCUGAAGUUUCAGACGAGCUAAACAAUUGGUUGCAUCACUGGUCGCAGGUCAUUCGAACCAACGGCUACGCAGAGGAUUCGUUCGUCAUGACUUCAUUGCGUCUACAGAAAGCGACGCAGGAGCUCUACUUUCUGUGCACGGCACUUCGUGGAGUCAAACAAGUGGGUGAUCUCGCUAUGGUCCCACCGUUGCAGCUAGCCAUGAUCAAGCAUGCAGCACGCGCAGCUCGCGAAGUCCUCUUCAUCGCAAAUCACUCGCAGAGCUAUCGCGCCAAUCUGGGGCACGCGCCCGCAUACACGUAUGCGACUAGCACCUUCGCCGCCGCUUUUGCGAUCAAGUGCGCGAGGCUCAGCGAGGGCGAGCUGGUACACACGGGUGAGGCGUUCGAGGCAGCUGAAAAGCUAGCAUCGCGCCUGUGCGAGGGAUUUGCGGCGAAGUAUGCGCACCUAAUCCGACUGAUGCUGCAAGCGGCUUGGAAAGAGAUCGCCAAGCGCAACCCUCAGCAAGGUCUGCAAGCUGUCUUUGGUGAAGAACGGAUGGCGGCGCCUGGAGCGAUCACGCCUUCACGCGUGCUGCGAGAGGCUGAGCGCGGAAUGGAUGAUGAGAAUCGUCUCGCUCUGUUGAACAAGCUGCUUGCUCAGCAUGCCGUAGAGCAACAACAACAACAGCAGCAACAACAACAACAACAACAGCAACAGCAACAGCAACAGGCAGAGCAACAAGGGCAAGAGAGUCAAUUGAUUCCAUCGGCCAACACUAUCGCAAGCGUCAGCGCAACUGGACCAGUGAUCUGGGAUGAUGCGGAUCAAGGCGAUGCCGCCGGUCUUGGGGAACCAUUACCUAGCUGGCUGACAGAGGAGGCAGGUCUCCCCUUUGAAAUCGGCGAUCUAUGGGGCGCCUUUGAAGGGGCCAGUGGCACCGGCUUUGGCGAGUCCAGCUCAAGUAUGCUAAACAGCAUGGCCCUGUCGUACGACCCUCAUGGGUUGCAGCAUGGCACUACUGCUUCUCUGCCGAUGACAUGAGCGGAUGAGUCGUCACGGAUUCACAUGCCACUCUCCUUUCCGAUGACAUCAUGUAGUGCAAGAUGCAUAUUUUCUGAGGGGAUCAAUACCUGUAGGAUGCACAUGUGGAUUGUACUUGUAUGCUGAGUGAGAAGAAUUGUACUGUAAGGUAGUGUGGU